UGAGAGCGUAUUUAUGUCCAAAUGUCCGUCUUUGUACUCUUACAGUCAGAGUACUCGGGCUAUGGUGAUCUGUGUUAAGUGUACACGUAUACACACUGAUUUAAAUAAUUAGUACAAUAUUGUGGCCAGUCUUAACCUACUUUAAUAACCAUUUUUCAGAACUGUAAUAUAUUAGUCUUCAAUUUAUUGAGGAAGAAAUUAUGUUUUAUUGCAAGAAACCCCAAUAAAUUUAUUAAUAUACCCGGUAGAAAGAAAAUAAAGUCUGGAACGAUAUUCUGGAAAGACCUGACAUCCGAUAACGUAUUAUUCAUGUAAUUGUUCGCUGGCUUCACAGCGGAUAGAAACGUUCCCCGGGUAUAUUUCAGUUUCUGAAACUAGGCCAGUAAUUAAAUCGAAUAAUAGUAGCCUAACUUUUGUAAAGAAAUGAGCAAUGAGAAAAGAAAAAAGGCGUCUAGGGUGCAGGGAGGAUGGGCUGCACCGUCGAUCACAAAUGUCCGAUCUGACCGAGAUAAACCUAAAAUGCCUAUAGGUCCCGCCUGGUUUGGGAAAAACAUUGACAAUCCAACUAUAAAUGAGAAGCAUGUUUAUGAAAAACCAGCAGACGAAGAGAUAGUCCAGAAACCACCAGAUAUUAUAAUUAAAAAACAAGGCAUCCAUGAUCUGAGUUUGGAGCCAUCCGGAGUAUCAAGAAUAAGAUACUUUCCACACUUUCUGGAUGAGUCUGAGUCUGGGACGUUGUUUACAGAGUUGUUCCAUGAGUGUCCUUGGCAUCAGAGGUCUGAUUUAAAGAACGGUGUCAGCUACAUACAGCCCAGACUGACCGCUUGGUUCGGAGAUCUUCCCUAUUCCUAUUCGGGUCAAAAACUGGAUCCCAACACAAAGUGGCUGCCAUGUCUGGUAACAUUAAAAGAUCACCUAGAGGAAGUGACAGGCUUAAAGUUUAACUCGCUGCUGGCAAAUCUGUAUCGUGACAACCAUGACAGUGUGGACUGGCACUCUGACGAUGAACCGGAAUUGAGGAAAAAUCCAACAAUUGCAUCCUUGUCAUUUGGGGAUUCAAGGAACUUUGAAUUGAGAAAAAAGCCACCUCCUGAACACGCCAAUGAUUUUACAAACCGUCAGCUUGUCAGACUAACACUGGAUGCUGGUUCUCUGCUCAUAAUGGAGGGAUCUGUGCAGGAUGAUUGGCAGCAUAGAGUGCCUAAAGAAUAUCAUGACAGAGGUCCACGAAUUAAUCUCACAUUCCGUGUUAUUUAUCCUGAUAGCUGAUUGGUUGCAGCAAGAUGGUUUUUGUGUACAAUAAAGUAUGCAGACCACCAAGACUUUAUUUACAGUGAAAUGUAUAUAACAAUACACAGUAUUCUAAUAAUUUUGCCUAGUUUGCUUUGAUUUUGUAUAUAAUUCAAUAGGUAUUACUGGUAUGGCACAAUAUACAACUGUUGCUGUUUGUAAUAUAUUGUUCAGUAUUUUAUAUAUUUUUGUGUAUGCUAAUUGAAAAAUAAAAAUAAUGAAUGAAUUAUUUGUUUUUUUAAAGAAAGUAUGUGCACAGCCAGUGCAUUUUAAAUAGCACAUUAUACUAUCAACAUUGUUUUAUUAGUUCCCUACCAGUCCAACCGGAGGGGACUACAGACGUUAUCUCCGUCUGUCUGUCUAUCUGUCCUUCAGAUUGUCACACAUAUAGUUUUCCGGAUGUUUUUUUCCACAAUGCAUCGAGAUAUUGAAAUUUUGUGUACAGCUUUAUCGUGACAUAUACUAUUAUAGAUCAAGUUUUAACUUUCAUGAUGAUUUACCCAUUUUUGACAGAUUUAUGGCCCUUGAAGUUUGGAGAUAUGGAAAUUUGUUUUCUGGACUUUUGUUCGCCAAUACCUGAAAUUUUAUGUACAGCUUGAUAGUGUUCUUUUAUAGAUCAAGUUUGACUUUCAUGAUGAUUUACCCAAUUUUAACAGUUAUGGCCUUUGAACUUAGGAGAUAUAAAAGUUUUUUUGUUUUUUUUCAGUGCCUGAAGAAUUUGAGAUGAAAUUUUGAAUAUAGAUCUAUGUAUUGUGUACUGAACAUAUCAAGUUUUACUUUCAUGAUGAUUUACCCAUUUUUGACAGAGUUAUUGCCCUUGAACUUGGGAGAUAAGAAACUAUGUUUUCUAGACUUUUUUGGGCAUUGCCUCAAGAUACUGAGUUGAAGGUUUGUGUGUAUAGCUUUAUCGUGUACCAUUACAGAUCAAGUUUGACUUUCAUAAUGAUUUACCUAUUUUUGACAGAGAUAUGGCCUAUGAACUUUGAAAAUAUAAUUUCCUAUGUAAAUGGCUGCCACAUAUAAGAAGUCGCCAUAUUUUACAUUCUGUUGUAUGCUAAACAAUAACUUUUAGUGAAAAUAUAGGAGUUUUUGGGGAGCAAGGAAUUCAGUUCUUGCAUUUGCUUUCUAAAACAGGUGGGUUUUUUUUUAUAUCACUUCUUGAAUCCAAGAUGGCUACUAAAAUAACUGCCAAAGUAAAGUCCAUGUUAUAUGCUUCACCUAUAACAAUCAUUUUGUAACCAACUUCUAAGUUUUGAGGGUGUCCAAUCCAUUAAAAUUAUCUACAAAUAAAGUUUUCUGAAGCAUCAUCUAAAAUGGUCAUUCUUAAACUGACCACGGUCAGGUAGGGUAUCAACUUUUGAACUAUAGAAGUAUAGUUGUAUUAAAUGGGCAAUCCUCUACCAAUAAUUUGUUUUGGUAAAGACUGGAAUCGGUGUUUAUAAUCAUUCUUUUUUCUUCUUUUUUUAAUCAUAAUGAAUAUUUAAACAUGACCGUAUCAAUUUGUCUCAACAAUGAAUGUAAUUCGUCCGACAUGAACAUUUUGUGCCUUAACAUUGCAUUUACUAAGUAUAUAUAGUAUCAUCAAAAGAGUAUAUAUAUAUAUAUAUAUAUAUAUAUAUAUACUGUAUAUAUACUGUAUAUAUAUAUAUAUAUAAUAUAUAUAUAUAUUCAUAAGAUACAAAUAUCAACAAAAAGGUGGUUUCCCUGCAAAAUACAUCACCCAGUGUUAGGUGGUCUAAGAAUGUUUGUGUGCACACAUACAUAUACAAACACACACAAAACUUCACCUUGAAGUCAGAAAAAUUUAUUUAUUUGGGGUGGGACAUAGCCCAGUGGUAAAGUGUUCGCUUAAUGUACAGUCGGUCUAGGAUC